UGCAGCAGAUAAAUAUAUGCUGGCUCUGUGUCUUCCAGAAGGGCUGUUUCUGCUCCAGUGCCUCCACACCUGGGCAACUGCUCUACAGCCAACAUGAUAUGAUUAUUAGAUCAGUUUACUGCGUGUGUUUAUGUCUCAUUUAAACAUACACCUGCUCCUGUGAUCAAAUUUAUAUUCAUGAUUUUUUGAUUACUUGAAAUCUGAACAAAUCAACUCGGUAGAUGGCAUGCAGUACUACAUCUAAAGAGAAUUUUUGUAAUUAUUUUACUGAGGGAAAAUGUACAUGGAGUAUUUGUACUCUUAAAAAUUAAUUUGUCAAACCACAGAAAUUCUGGACAAUAUACUGUCAACUAAUCAGUCAGACACAUUCACAGCAUCUACUGUAAGAAUCAAUGACUUGCUGAUGGAAUGAAUGUGUAGUGGAUAAAUAUAUAAGAUAGAUAUCAGAAGAUAUUAUAGGUAAAUUUGGGUAAAUUUGAACAUUUUACUCUAGUCAGUAUUUCUCAGUGUAGGUUUAUAUUUUAGCACAUAAAACAGCAAAAAUGGCAUAUGUCAUAUGUUGUUUUGGCAUUAUUAUUAUUAUAUUUUAUUACAGCAUUAAAAAUGUGGCAACUUGCCCCAAACUGGCAUUUAUAUAUAAAAUAAAACUUCUGUUUGAUGAUGAUGGAAUUAUGUAGUUUCAAGGGCAAAAAUAUAUGUAUAUAUUAAAGACAGUCGGAACGAGAUAUUUGAAAUCAUACUAAACUAUUGCUAAAAAAAAAAAAAAAAAAAAGCAUUUUUGUCAUUGGAGAUGCACCAUCACACCUUCUCGUCAUAGAGUAAAAAGCAAAGUCAUAUUUAUUAAGGCCUGUAGGGUGCGCUCUUUCCCUCUCCCUGCUGAAGGAAAGGGGAGGAUCUCAGGAUGUCUUCAAGGACAGCCAUUGGUUUACCGGGCGCAUAUAAAACACAGCACAUACCCAAAAAGUGAGAGGGCUGUAAUUCAAGCAGUUGAUGUAUAUCCCUGCAGGAGAGGGAGGGAGAGAGAGAGAUCAGGAUACGGACAGAGGGAAUCCGCACCUUUCUCAAAGUGAUUACAGAAAGCUUUACGUUGUGCUCCUCCGCGGACUUGCGCUUAAAGACAAUCAAUGAAGGAGAGAAGAUCUAUACAGAAACUGUCCCUUCAGCCCGGAAUGGAUCCGAGUCAGAGCCUCAAAUGUAAGAUCGUGGUCGUGGGGGACAGUCAGUGUGGGAAAACCGCUCUGCUCCACGUUUUUGCUAAGGACUGCUUCCCAGAGAAUUACGUGCCCACUGUGUUUGAGAAUUACACAGCAAGUUUUGAGAUUGACAAGCAGAGAAUAGAGCUCAGCCUGUGGGACACCUCAGGCUCCCCAUAUUAUGACAACGUCAGACCACUCUCGUAUCCAGAUUCGGACGCUGUCAUCAUAUGUUUUGACAUCAGCCGACCGGAGACCCUGGACAGCGUCCUAAAGAAGUGGAAAGGAGAGAUCCAGGAAUUCUGUCCCAACACAAAGAUGCUCCUCGUCGGAUGCAAGUCAGACCUUAGGACGGACCUCACGACUUUAGUGGAGCUGUCCAAUCACAGACAGACGCCGGUGUCUUACGAUCAGGGUUCAGCUAUGGCUAAGCAGAUAUCCGCACCUUAUAUCGAAUGCUCCGCAGUGCAGUCGGAGAACAGCGUGCGGGACAUUUUCCACGUCGCAACACUGGCUUGUGUAAAUAAGAACAACAAAAACAUCAAGCGCAACAAAUCUGCACGCUCAACCAAACGCAUAUCACAUAUGCCUAGUCGACCGGAUCUUGCUGCCGUGUCAACAGACCUACGCAAAGACAAAGCAAAGAGUUGCACGGUCAUGUAACGCAAGGUGUUUGGGGGGAAAGAUUCAUUCUGGGAAACGGUGAGGGUGGACUGUGGAAGCAAGAAAGGUCUGGAAUUGCCUCCAAAGACAAAGCAAAAGUGGAGAGCGGGAGUGUUUACUCAGUGUCCCUGAAGGUCUCUCCGGUUUGAGGGUUCCACUUGUUGCCAGAACUCGACAAACUUGUGGACGUAAACCCAUAGUACGGCCCCAACCACCUCUCCUAAACUUAUCCUCUCAGCAGGAGGAUGUCACCACCCUCUCGGCCGAUGGGAGGCCUUCCUUCCUGCUCCUGGAUGUGAAACUGCUUCCUCUCUGGAGGGUUCCUUCUGGAAGCUUCUGCUGCAGGAAAGGAAGGAGGAAGUAGAAUCACAUAACCAUUGAGUCCAGAGUUCCGCUGAGCUUUGGUUCACAGCUAUUUUUAAAAGAUGCACGUCGUUUCAGUUGGUAUUAAUGGUUGCACAAUGAAACAGCGAAGGGGAAGAUGACUUCCAUAAUGGCGAAAUUUGGACAAGGACAACUCUCGCUUCUUUCUUUUUGAGUCUGUACAGCUAAAUGAGGAUACGAAACGAGAGUGUAUCACUGUGGUUACGGAUCACUUCCUCCUUCGAUCCUUCUCGGUCUGUUUUGUUUCUUCUGUAGACCAAGAGCACGAGUUUGUGUGUGUGUGCGUGGUUUUCGUUUUCUUAUGCUAAGCUCAGCUAAAACUGUCACCAUGGAUACGCCGCUGGUAUAUUUGAACUCACACUGUUUUCUGUAUAAUUCCUCAUAAUCACAUUACGGUUCAUUAGGAUUCAGAAAAAGAAAAACCAAAGAACUGAAAGGUUUUCAAGUCGGAUGACUCAAUGUUUGACGUUCUGGAGUGCAUGAUGGAUGUGUAUUUGAGGGCUUUUAGUGGAUCAGUGAUCUUUCACGGUUCUGUAAGAACAUGGUUCCGCUUGUCUUUAUAGACCGGUUAUAUGGAAGCGCAAAUAACGACAUUUGAGAAUUGACCUGAUCAUUUAGUAGUCAUUUGCAUUCGGUUUAUCCCUGAAGGGGCAUUUACAUUGACAGAGAUUUGCAGCGACAAAGCAUCUGGAAGUCUUUAAUUUGCAAUGAGAGUUGGUGAUUUGAGGCCACAUGAGCAACAGAGACCGUUUACAAUGCAAUGCAGUUUAAAGUUCAACUUCAUGCAAAUCUGGAACAAAACUAAUGCCAGGACACAUAAAAAACAGUGCAAAAUGCUGUUAGCAUGCUAAUUUCUGGUGAAAAUGUCAAAUAUAAGGCUAAAAAAAAGUUUUUAAAACAGACAAAAUCUUACUAAAGUAGACAAUCUCUCUAAACAACCAGUCAGUUUUUGGACAUCUAAUUGAUCAUUGUGUAGAAACGCGUACUAGAAUUCAAUAGUAGGCGAAAUCCAAUGAUUUAAUCUCUGUCAGUGUGAACGCUGCAUAAGAAUAUCACUAUUGCUGUAACAAAUGAUUGUUGAACAAGCACAGAACUAAACUGUUGUUAUCUGUAAAAUGUUAAAUGAACAUUUGUGCCUUUUGUGACAUCUUUGAAAUUCUUUUGUUAAAGCACAAUUGUUUGAAAUGAUAAAUAAACAAUCAAACAUGAAAUUCAAGGUCAUAUUAAACCUGCGCUUCUAUCUGCCCAGUCCAAGAAAGGAACUAAUGGAUUUCGAAGGAUGUUAAGAAAAAAAUUCUCUCCUCUCUCUACUAAACUAUGCAGUCUGUUUCUGAACACACGUGAGAGGAUUGAGGAAAAUGAUUAAUGGACAUUCUUUCUCUUUCAAAACAAAAAUUUGUUGCGACUCAGUAUAUUGCCUUGCAGAGCCAUGGGAGGAUAUGCGUUCCACUAUUGUAGUGCUUAAAGUUUCUCAAAAGAAAAUCUUCAGAAGUUUGAAGCUAGCUGCAAAAUCUCAUUUGCUGCAUGUUUGUAGUUGCACUUUUUGUUUAAACUUGUGCAAAACAAAUUUUUUUACAUUCGUUUUUAAUGGGUCAGAGAGAAAUUUCUCAACUGUGUCACAAAUUUGUUUCACAUAGGCAGUAUUACAAAUUUUGGUGUGUGUAAAUGUAGGUGCUUAUAAAAACAAAACAACAAAAUGUUUCCUAAUGUAGGAUGUCUGUAAUAUUUUUUUUUAAUGCCUUCUGUGUGUUGAGGUCCAUGUAUGUCUGUUUUGUUGAUGUUGCCAUAAUAUUUAUUGAAUUAUAUAUUUUUUUUUCCCCUUAGAAAUAAAUCCAAAAAUAAAAUGAAAAAGGAUCUUUUUGAUAUGAAA